CAUAAGUUCUGUUUUAGCAAUACAUGAAUACAGAAUUUGGGUCUUGAGUGGGAGCAGUUCCUAUCAAAAUGGACCUCGCAGUGACAAAAGAUCGAGUGUUUUUCACAAUAAAUGGAAGAAAAUGUAGCGCGGGUUCCGAGUUCACAGUGGACUUGACAUUGAACCAGUACAUUCGGCAAUAUGGGGAGCUUCGUGGCACGAAGUACAUGUGCAAGGAAGGUGGAUGCGGCGUCUGUGUGGUCAACGUCAGAGCUCAUGCAGCUGGUACACAAGAAUAUACCACGUUUUCCGUUAAUUCUUGUCUUGUUUCUAUCAUGUCAUGCGAUGGUUGGGACAUAACGACUAUAGAAGGUAUUGGCAACAGAAAGAUUGGCUACAACAUCAUUCAGAAACGACUCAACCAUUUCUUUGGGUCCCAAUGUGGUUACUGCAGUCCAGGGUUUGUGAUGAGCAUGUACAGCCUCGCACAGGGCAGUGACCGCCAUCUAACUGAAGCAGAAAUAGAAAACUCUUUCGGUAGCAACCUUUGUAGGUGUACAGGCUACCGUCCCAUUUUAGAAGCAUUCAAAUCUUUUGCCGUCCAUCCAGACGCAAAUAUAUUGAAGAAGAUAAAAGAUAUUGAAGAUAUAUCUGAACAAAUAUGCCCGAAAUCCGGUAAAACGUGUGGAGGCACAUGUGGGAUAAAUGAGGAAUGGUGUUUAGUAAAUAUGAAUAAUACGAGUGCUUCGGAUUUGCCUAAGAAAAUAUGUCUCGCCGAUGGACGGUUGUGGUUCUCCGUUAGCGAUAUAAGAUCAAUAUUUGCUGUUUUGGACGAUGUUGGGCAUGAGUCUUAUAUGCUCGUCGCUGGUAACACCGCAAAAGGAGUCCGUCCAAUGUUAUUUUAUCCGAAGUUAUUGAUAGAUAUAAGCGAUGUAAAGGAAUUGGCGACUCACUACAUAGAUGUGAACUUAGUACUUGGAGCUAACAUGACAUUGACUGAUACGAUGCACUUAUUCAAGGAGUUGGCUCAAUCCAAUGAGGAUUUCUGGUACCUGCACAUAUUGUAUGAGCAUAUGGAUAAAGUGGCUCACAUACCGGUGCGAAAUAUUGGGACUUUAGCCGGCAAUUUGGUAUUAAAAAAUUCGGACCCAAGUUUUCAAUCAGAUAUUUUUCUUUUAUUGGACUGUGUUGGGGCUAUGGUAACAUUAGUGGACCGUGAUAUGAGACAGACUGAUAUGAAUUUGCCGGAAUUUUUGACGACAAAUCUUAAAGGGAAAGUUAUGACACAGAUAAAACUGCGUCCUUUGUCUCGUCACUAUGAAUUAGUGACUUAUAAGAUUACGCCGAGAGAACAAAAUGCUCAGGCAGACGUAAAUUCUGGCUUUCUUUUGAAAUUCAACUCUCAUACACAUCUUGUUGAAGAAGCGUCUAUUGUGUAUGGUAAUAUUAAUCCAUCAUUCACCCACGCUUAUGAGACGGAAAGGUUUUUAAUUGGACGUAAUAUAUUUAAUAACAACGUCCUACAAUCUGCUCUGCAUAUCUUGGAACGAGAAAUAGAUCCCAGUAUCCGACCACCGUAUCCACCGCCGUGUGUUCGGAAGAAAGUGGCUCUUGGACUUUUCUAUAAGUGUAUUAUAAAGUUAUGCCCAAAAGACAUACUGAACCCGAUCUAUAAGUCAGGAGCUACAACCCCUAGUGAUGACAGACCGCCAGUCAGCCGUAGCUAUCAAGAAUAUGACACGGAUAAGAAAGACUAUCCUAUAACACAACCAUUACUAAAGAAGGAAGGAAUGAUUCAAUGUGCAGGCGAAGCUGAGUAUUGUGACGAUAUACCCACUAUCAAAGAUGAAGUCUUUGCAGCUUUUGUGCUCUCUACGGUAGCAAGAGGAGAUAUUGAAAGUAUUGAUAGUUCUGAAGUCAUGAAAGUGGACGGUGUAUUAGCAGUGCUAACAUCUGUAGACAUACCAGGUGUAAAUAGCAUACUUCGCGGAGAUUUUCUCCUAAUGUUUGAAAAUGAAGAACUUUUAGUUAGUACCAAGGUAAAUUUUUAUAAUCAACCAGUUGCUAUCGUCGUUGCAACGUCUCAAGAACUGGCUGACAAAAUGGCCCAAGUAGUAAAAGUAAACUAUAGGAAUGUUCCAAAAAGACCACUCAUUUUUACUAUUGAAGAUGCAAUACAUGCGCCAAAAGAGGAAAACAGACUUAUUCCAUAUCCAGGAAUAGUACCAACUGAUAGAGGAGCCAAUGUCAGGAAGAUUAUUAAAGGAACAUUUAUCAGUCCAUUGCAGUAUCAUCACAUGAUGGAGCUUCAUACAACUGUUACAAUACCAGUCGAUAAUGGUUAUGACGUUAUAUCGUCAGCUCAAUACCUGGAUAUUACACAGGCAGCAAUCGCUAAACUUUUGAAGAUUCCCGAGAGUUUGAUAACGGUAAAAACAAGAAGACUAGGAGGUGGUUUUGGAUGCAAGAUCAGCAGAAACAAUUUUGCAGCAUGUGCCACGGCUUUAGUGGCAAAUAAACUUAAUAAAACAUGUAGAAUGUCUAUGUCGAUGACAAAUAUUAUGCGUGCUACCGGAAAGAGACCAAAUACCAGACUUGAUUAUGAGGUGGUUUUGAAGGAAUAUCUGGAAUAGAACACAUAAUGGACCAUAUAGCCGAAGAGCUAAAUGCAGAUCCGAUAGAAGUACGUAUGGCUAACUAUC